AUGAAGUUCACCGGCACACUCUUUGUUUCUGCUACCCUCUUGGCUAUAGUCAACGCACAAAAGGCAUCCAUUAUUGCAAUCACCUCACCUCUGACUGGUACACAGUACAAAGCCGGCACUGAAGCAAUCAUUUCAUGGGUAAACCCAACGGUCGACACAAUUACCCAGAUUCUUUUGGCAAAAGGUCCUUCUACUGCGCUUCAGCCUCUGAUGACUGUCGCUCAAAACGUUAAAGCCUCGGAUGGAAAAUAUGUCUGGAAGAUCCCUGCAGAGCUUGCCGAUGGUGAUGACUAUGCCUUUGAGUUUGGAACUUCUCCAGACAUGGCCUUCACCGGUCAAUUCUCUAUUCAUGGCGGAACUGGUACAAGUGUUCCAGUAUCAAGCCCAGCUACCCCAGCUGCUGCAAACCCACCUUCCAUAGGCGCAAACUCUGUUCCAGCAAACGCAAACUCUGCUGCUGUACCCGCUUCAGCAUCAGGCGCAACCGCAGGAAAUUCAACAGCUCAGACCACCCACUCUGGCGCAACAUCCUCAUUUCACACAGUAUCUGGAUCUGUUGUUGCUGCUAUUGGUGUCUCCGCUUUUAUGGUUUCUCAGCUGCUUUAA